AUGGUUGCAAUAAUCCCGUAUAUUGUAUAUCCUGACCAGGACAGGUUCGUUAAAACAAGUAUUUGGAAAGCCAGAAUUAAAACGUCGAUGGACGAUACGACUUUACGCUCGUGGAAAUUGUGCCGCAGUGCAGUCGACAGCACGCUAUACGAGCACGUUGCGGCGCUGGCGCAUACUUACGCGAUGGUUGUUCCGUGCGCAGACUCUCGACUCCGCGGCGAAUUUCGCCGCUCUCGCCCACUGAUCUACAUUUCACCUCCAAUAUGGGUCAAUAACUGCCCACGCUCAGCCCCUCCGAGCGCGGCCAUUCACCUCGCCACUCCAAAUCAUUGUUCGCCAAAUGUAAAACGUAGCUCGAGGUCGACGACCUCUGCAAUGAUGCGGACUACGGACUGCGGCUGCUGUCAAAGCGAGAUUCUCCUUCUUAGAACGACACUCGAUACUAAC